AUGCUCCUCCUCUUCCCCCUCCUCUUCUUGUUCUCCUUCGUGGCCUCCUCCCCACCUCCUCCAGAACUCUUUUCCUCGCUCGUCUCUCGCAAGCUCCUCACCACCGCCUCACUCGUCUCUUCCCCGCACAUCCCCACGAACUAUCCCGCGCAGACUACUCGCGACACCGGCGCGUGGCAGCUCGCCCCCGCCGACACCUGGACCACCGGCUUCCUCCCAUCGACGUUCUACGCCCUGCACACGCGCGCGGCGCUCUGCCCCGCGCGCUUCGGGAACGAGAGCGCGCAGUGGCUGGCGCUAGGCCGGCAGUGGGCGACGGGGGAAGACCCCCUGACGGUGCUGAACCACCAGGGACACGACGUCGGUUUUUUGAGCUACCCGUUUGUGGACGAGCUGACCAUAAAUCCCACGAACGUCACUGCGCGUGCGACCGUGAACACGUUUGCGUCCAUGCUCGCUGCGCGCUUCAAUCCCAUCGUCGGCUGCACGCGCAGUUGGGACGCGGCGGACCCGGAGGAUUUUCAAGUCAUCAUCGACAAUAUGAUGAAUCUCGAGGUUCUCUUCGUAUCUGCAGACCUCACCGGGAACACGACGCUGCGCGACAUCGCGAUCUCGCACGCAGACAAGACGAUGACGAACCACGUUCGAGCGGACGGUUCCUCGUUUCACGUCGUGGAUUACAAUGCGACGACGGGAGUUGUUUUCGAACGGCGCACUGCGCAGGGAUACGCAGACUGGAGUACGUGGAGCCGUGGGCAGGCGUGGGGGGUGUAUGGGUUUGCGAACAUGUACCGCCGCACAGGUUACCAGCGCUACCUCGAUACUUCGCGGCGAAUGGCGCAGUACUUCAUCAACCACAUACCCGCGGGCGGCAUCGUUCCCUGGGACUUCCUCGCGCCGCUUGAGCCUCCGCGCCCCGCAGACUCGUCGGCGGCUAUGAUUGUGGUUAAUGGGCUGCUGCUGCUCGCGCAGCAGGAGGCAGCCCUGAAGCCUGCGAACGAUUCGGGGGCGGGAGUGUGGCGUCAGGCGGCUACGAAGAUCCUGGAUGAUACAACGUCCGCGUUCUGGAAGCCUGAAUGGGCCAGCUUGCUCUCCAACGGGACGGUCAACAACCACGGCACGACGGGCAACAACGACACCGGCAUCGUGUACGGUGACUACUAUUUCAUCCAGGCGGCGAACACGCUCGUUCAGAUGGGCCUAGCGACGUGUUGA